UGGAGGGUUGGGCAUGGUGUGUUUGGUUGUUUUCAUGGAGGCCGAGAAGCUCGACGCCAUCAUCGCCAGGAUCGAGCACAAGUCCCGCAAGAUCGAAAGCCUUCUCAAGCAAUCGAAGCCGGUGGAGGCUCUGAAGACGGCGCUGGAGGGAUCGCCACCGAACACUAAGGAUGAGAGAUGCAAGUCUGCGAAUUGGAUCGUUGUUCAUCGCGCAUUGAUGGCUAUAAAGGAUCUGGAUGGGAUGUUCUCUUAUUUGGAUCCUGAGUACUAUGACAUCCUCAUGAAGUAUUUGUACAGAGGGUUGGCAACUGGAGAUCGACCAACAUGCGAUCAAUGUCUAAAAAUUCAUGAAAAAUUGACGGAGAGAGCCGGAUUGGGAUGUAUCUUGCGUGCACUCGCCGACACUGUCAACACCGUAUAACAUUUGUUCGAAACCUUGUAAAAUAGUGUGAUGAUGAUCCACUGUGUUUAUUAUAUAGUGAUUUGAAGUGCUUUGUUUC